AUGCCUUCUUCAAAGCGACAAAAGGUGUCGCACAAGAACUCCGCUGUCAAGGAGUCUCGCGUUACCGAGAGGGAGUCGUCUCCAGCUUCAUCAGCUGCUUCCGAGCCCGACGUUGAGGGCGGUAUUACUGCCAACGCCUCGGAGGAGGUCACAAAGAGCUUCAAGGAUCUCGGAGUCGUUGACUCGCUUUGCGACGCAUGCGCCAAUCUCGGAUACACGAAACCCACCCCCAUUCAGGCUCAAUCGAUCCCACAUGCCCUGGCGAAUCGCGACAUCAUCGGCCUGGCCGAAACUGGUUCAGGAAAGACGGCGGCGUUCGCGCUGCCGGUGAUCCAGGCUCUCUUGGAAAAGCCCCAAGCAUUUUUCGGAUUGGUACUGGCACCCACGAGAGAACUGGCGGCUCAGAUCGGUCAGCAAUUUGAGGCCCUUGGCAGCUUGAUCUCGCUCAGAACAGCAGUGAUUGUGGGUGGUCUGGAUAUACAUACUGAACAUGACUCACAGGUUGCUCAAGCCAUCGCCCUAGGCAAAAAGCCACACGUUAUCGUGGCAACACCUGGAAGACUGGUAGAUCAUCUCGAAAAAACGAAAGGGUUCUCCUUGCGGUCUCUGAAAUACCUCGUCAUGGACGAGGCUGACCGGCUGCUGGACAUGGACUUUGGUCCCAGCAUCGACAAGAUUCUCAAGUUCAUCCCUCGUGAACGCAGAACAUUCCUCUUCUCCGCGACCAUGAGCUCCAAGAUCGAGAGCCUCCAAAGAGCCAGUUUGCGCGAUCCUGUCCGCGUCAGCAUCAGCUCCAACAAGUACCAGACCGUCUCGACGCUCCUGCAGUACUACCUCUUCAUACCCCACCAGCACAAAGAUACUUAUCUUAUCUAUCUCGCCAAUGAGUUUACUGGUCAGAAACUAGUUGUAUUCACAAGGACAGUCACUGAAACGCAAAGACUGGCCAUUUUGCUCCGAACUCUGGGUUUCGGUGCCAUUCCUCUCCACGGCCAACUGAACCAGACGGCCCGUCUCGGUGCCCUCAACAAGUUCCGCGCUGAUGUCGUAAUCAACCAUGAUUUGGCUCAGGAUUCAAAGACGCAUGUGCAUCGCAUAGGCCGGACGGCACGUGCUGGAAAAUCCGGUAUCGCCCUCAGUCUUGUUACACAAUACGACCUCGAGAUAUGGUUGCGCAUUGAGGCUGCUCUGGGCAAAAAGCUGGAUGAGUACCCGACGCAGAAGGAAGAGGUCAUGGUGUUCCAAAAUCGGGUUGAAGAAGCGCAGAGACAUGCCAGAAUGGAGAUGAAGAAUCUCAUGGAGGCGAAGGGCAAGAAGGGGUCGACGCUCAAGGGAAAGAGAGGCGGUGCGGGUGGCGGUGGUGGAAAGCGGCGCCACGACGACAUGGAUGCCGAGGAGGGCUAA